AUGAAUGAAAUACGUGAAACUGAUUUAAAUGAUAAGGGAUUUGACAAUCCAACGGCGACCGAAGAUGACGGAUCAAAUUUGAGGCCAGAUUUGAUCAUCAGUGUACAGCCAAGACAAAACGAGUCCCGCGCCGAGCUCCCGGUGUCCACGUUAGACUGGCGUUCUGCCCCUCGAGGCCAGUUCAUCCCCGUCCAUGGCCUAGAUUUUCUCAUCGGUGUGUCCACGCUACAGAUCCAACAGACGGUGGAGCUGGAUGAUCUAAUUUCAAGAGUAGACUCCGAAAACCGCUACAUAGUCCGAGUACCGAACGGCGAAUCGCUAUACCUGGCCAGCGAGGUCUCAAGCCAGACGCAGCGAUGUCUGUGCGGGUCUGGCCGCGCCUUCGUGAUGCAUCUCCAUGACAACACGAGGCAGGAGGCGAUGCAAAUGCAGAGGCGGCUAGCUGCAGCCUCUUGUUGCUUCCCUUGCAGAUUACAGGAAAUGAAAGUGAUAACUCCCCCCGGAGACUACAUUGGUCGCAUACAGCAGCAGUGCACAUGGGUGGUGCCGUUCUACCUGGUGAGAGACGCCAACGACCAGGUCAUAUUCGCUGUGGAGGGACCAGCGGUCAUGAGACGGAGCGCGCUCAUGCUUUCAGAGUUCAAGAUAAUGACAGGUGAUUCGCUCCGGGAGGUGGGAAAGAUCGCCCACGGCUGGGACCGCGAGUUAGUCAGCUUCACGACCACCCUCUCCAUGCCGCACAACGCGGUCCAGCCGCGGCAUAAGGCACUGCUGCUGGCGGCUUCAUUCCUGCUGGAAUACACAUAUUUUGAAAGAGCAAAAUCGAGUUGCCUUCGGUGUAAUUGUUUGUAAAAGAUUUUUUAAGAACACAAUCAUUAUAUUAGUAAAAUGUAUUUUUUUAUACUGCUUUAUAAAUACAAAAUUGGGAA